AUGGCCCUAUUCGGCGCAGUGGGUGCAUCUGCAGGGGCUUCCUCCACUCCAGCGGCCGUGGCGGGUGCAUCGUCAGAAAUCCAGCUCAGAGAUGAGCCCUUCGAGUCGUUGCAUCGGGACACUGUAGGCAGGCUGGUGCGGGCUGAGUCCGGAGGCUGCCCUAAGGAAGUAGUCGGCGCUAUACUGGCCCGAGCAUCGCAGCUAGCCAAUCCUUUCCUGCCACUGCUGAUGCCCAGGGAGGAGACGAUGCAGCCGCAGCAGUUGGCGUCAUGGAUCCAACAAAAGUCUAAGGCUGUAGAGGAGGAGGUCCAGAAGGCUGGCAAAGAGGCAGCCCGGAGUCUAGUUGGGUUGGAGAGGGAAAAAUACGAAUGGUCCCUCCUCAUGUCGGAUAGUAGCAUACAAGUAGUUGAUACCGUGUCGAGGCUCACUAAACUGCACCAGCAUACGGUCUGCGGACUAGUGGCGAAGGCAAUGAGUCUUGUGAUGGGAGACAGCGUCAUGAGGGUAGCCAAGGCUGCUGAUGAUGAUAGUCGCGAGAGCACCAAGGAGGUUACUGACUUAACGGUCCGGCUCUUCCUCAGAGAGUGGUAUCAUCUGUGUCUAUGUCUUAAGGAUAUCCUUCUGGCCUCCGAUCGGGGACAGCAUGAGGCUAGUAUGAUCGUUAGAGAACUGGGUCGACUGGGGCUGGCCAAGUCCCUCUGUACGGGCAUAGCCUCGGUGCUGGCCUCUCUGGAGUCCACACAGCAACUACAGGGGCAGAUGGGUAUACCCCAGAGGGUAUCAGACUACCUGGUCCGCCCUAUCACCACCACACUGGUGGACUGUUGUGUCUUGGCAUUCUCCCUUGUCGAAGUCACAGGCACCGAUGAGAUUGAGGCAGCUCUGGCCCUGAUACCGCAAACGGUAGCAUCCACUGUAUCGCUAUCGGCCCCUGUGCCCUUCGUCCUCGGCGAUCUGGAGCUGUUGGCCCCGGGGAUGUUGACGGUUGAGCCCCACCAGGCGGAGGGAACUAUGGGGGAGAUGAGGUCCUCCAUCAUUAUACAUAAUGCCGCUGCACAUGCUUGUGUCAUCAUUCAGCUUUUCGCCACCCGUAAGACUCUCACAGAGACUUACCCUAUACAUGGCCAUGGCGAUAAUGGGGGCUCUGGCCCCGAGUAA